AUGGAAGACAUGAAAGGAAUCAGUAGUUUAUAUAAUGAUCGCCCUGACAAAGAAAAUUUACGAAUUAAAUUUCCAAGCUAUAAAACAAAUGGUGUGAAAUUUAAUGCCGACGAUAACUUACACGGACACAAAUGCUUUCGAAUGAGUGGAGGUGAAGUUGAGGUAUAUCCACCUGGUCUUAACUCUACAACAAAAUAUUACGUUCAUUUGGAGACAAAAAUCGGAAUUAGCGGUAAACCUGAGAGAUGUGUCAAUGCAGAUGCUAAUGGUUGUGGCGGUGUUGGUUCAUGUGUUUAUUGUGAUAUUUGUAAAAAUAUGGGUGGCACAUUGAGAAAUUUUGUACAAAUUCUCGAAAAAGAUAAACCGAUGACGUGCACUGCGAAGGGCUUGCCUGCAGGAAAGUAUAAAAGCAUUUCUCUGCGAGUGUGCUUACCCACCAAAAAUGAGCUACUGCCAUUUUUAGAUCAGAACACAAAUCGAGCAGAACAACUGUGGAAUUUAUUUGUUAGCAGUCGAGCACGUGCGGGGAAAAUUCCACUUGUGAUAACAGCUCGAUUAUUUGAUCAUCCGAUUAAUCAGCUUAGCAAAAAAGAGCUCUAUGGAUUGAUUCGGGAGAGUAAAACGGGUAUGAUUGCUUGUCAUCGAAUUUAUGCAACUGUUUCCCAAAAAAAGUGA